AGUGUCAGUCUGCCAGUUUGUUUUGAUUCGUUCGCACGUGUGUUGAGUAGGUGGCAGUGACGGUGAUCAUGUGUGAAUGAAGUACGCGCCAAACGGUAGUAGUUGUGAAUUGCGAUCGUACCGUUCGUCUGUAGUCAAUGGUGGCAAGCUAGCCAGGUAAAAGAGCUCGUUCGGAGUAGUGUGAUCAUUUGAAGCUGUACGGAGUUUUGUCCAUUAGAACACGGAUUUUAUUGGAUGUAAAGUUUUACGUAUCGAAAAUUGGCGAUGUGGUUUCGAUUAAACUUCUUAAGGUGACUGAUUGUGGAGAGAAACAAAACAGCGGAAGUAUUUGAAUCAUCUGAGUAGGCUUGAAGUCUUUAAAACACGCCCAAACUAUAGACCACCGUAAUUGGUCUAGAAGAACAUUUGAAUAAUCGGACAACAUGAACCGUAUAGCCGUGGGAACGUUAUUCUUGAUUGCACUGGUCAAAACAGCUAGCGCAAUCGAAUGUUACGUAUGCAACGGAACCGACUCGACGACCCCGUUCCAGUGCAGCGAAUGGUUCGAACGCUUCGACACACCGGACAUCAAACCGCAGGACUGCUCCAAUGUUUACGGUGCUAAGUACUGCAUCAAACAUAUUGGUCGUUUCGAAGCGCUUGGAAUCCUGUGCUAUCAGUGCUCGUCGGCACACUCGAUGUACUGUUCCGAUAUGUUGGUUGCGGACGAGGCGUCUCCAUUCAAACCGGAACCGUGCGAUCACGUGUUCGAAGCGGAAUACUGCGUCAAAUCGACGGCUAUGCAUGGUGGUAUCGGAGCGAAACGGUACUGUUCCUCGCGCGAUCUGGGCAACUACUGUAACUAUGUGCGAAACCCCGGCGACAAAAUCGAGUACCGAUCCUGUAUUUUCACCUGCAAUUCUGACGGAUGCAAUGCCGGGUCCCGAUUGUUUUCGACCUCGUUUCUCAGUUUACUAGCUCUUCUCGUCACCUUUCUGGUGGGGUUGAUCAGAAACUAGUGUUUGCCAUGUAUGUUUUUAGCUUAAGCAGUAUACACUCUUUUAGUCUUUUACUAAGCAAUACUAAUAGAUAAAAAAUAAAACAUCGAAUUCCGUCCUUCGAAAGACAUUCUGAUUACCCUAGAGACUCUCAUUGCGUUACGUAUUGUGAAACUAACUAUAAUUUUAAAGUAUUUGAAUAAAAAAUUUGUUCUAAUUUCGAAAUGACAAUAAAUUUAUAAAUCGA